CACAGCCACAUGGAUGUGACAUCACGAUUUGCUGAGAGGCAGUUCAUAGCCAGCAUGGAGGAAUACAUGGAGCUGGUGGUGGGCUGUUAUGAACAAGUACUGUUUGGGUAUCGGGUACAUCGGGAAGGGGAGCAAUGGUUAAGUUCUGCAGACUUCACUCAUCAUGCCCACACUGCCUCUCUGUCUGUGGUUGCUGUAAAUAAUAGAUUUGUAGCCACUGGGAGCAAGGAUGAAACUAUUCAGAUUUAUGAUAUGAAGAAGAAGGUAGAACAUGGAGCUUUGCUGCAUCACAAUGGUACCAUAACUUGUCUACAGUUUUAUGGUAACACCCACCUGCUAAGUGGGGCAGAAGAUGGAUUGAUUUGUGUAUGGAAUACCAAAAAGUGGGAGUGCCAACAAACCUUCAAAGCACACAAAGGACAGGUCUUAUCCCUUUCAAUACAUCCUUCGGGAAAGUUAGCCUUAUCGGUGGGGACAGAUAAAACCUUAAGAACUUGGAAUCUUGUGGAGGGGCGUUCAGCUUUUAUUAAGAAUAUAAAGAAAAAUGCACACAUUGUCCAGUGGUCUCCCAGUGGAGACAAAUAUGUGGUUGUAAUUCAUGACAAGGUUGAUGUUUACCAGCUGGAGACUGCAGCAGUAAUUGGUACAAUUAAUAACCCAAAAAGAAUCUCUUCUGUACAGUUUAUAACUGAUGCUCUUAUUGCUGUGGCUGGGGAUGAGGAAGUAAUCAGACUUUAUGAUACAGCAUCUCAAAAAUGUGUCUGCGAAUUUAAAGCUCAUGAAAACAGGGUGAAGAAUCUUCAUGUCUUUGAACUGGAGGAAACACACAUUGUUGUAUCUUCAUCAAGUGAUGGUUUUGUUAAGAUGUGGGGAAUUGACACGGAAAAGGUAAAGACUCCUCCAUCAUUGCUUUGUGAAGUUAGCACGUCAGCUAGACUUACUUGUCUCUCAGUGUGGCUUCCCAGUGCCGUAGACCAUAAGGAAGAGGCCAACAGAGAUGUCACUGCUUCAACUGUGAAAGACUGUGACAGACCAAAGAAGAAAAUGACCCAAAGCAAAACAGCUGAAAAUAAGGAAGCAGGUGAAACACAAGUCAUACAUAAAAAGAGGAAACUUGAAACUAAACAGAAGAAAAAGAAACCAAUGAAAUAACUAAAUUCCUGUAUCAAUUUAAUACAUUUUAUUAUCUGGAUAUGUUUAUUCUCUUAAUUAAAUAGUUGAAAACUCAA